ACACCAAGUAUGUUUUUCCAUCUCCCUGGUUAGACUUUAUGAAAAGUGUUUGCAGGGCAUCAGUCUAAGAGGGUUUUGCAAAGACAAGAGAAGCAGAAAAAGUUGCACCAUGUCACGGCCUCCUGUUUCUCUCUCAAAGAGUACAGUUAGUACUCCAGCAACAUCUUCAUAUGACAAACCGGUUAAAAGCAGCUCCACUCCUAAGUUACCAAUAUGGCCUCCACAGCAAAGCACAAAUGUCUCAACUCCACUACCAGUGGCACUAAAACCUCGGGCUUUUAGCGCAAGUUCAGGAGUUGUGGAAAACAUAAAGAAAAGUUCAAAUUUCUCAACUCCACCACCAGUGGCACUAAAACCUCGGGCUGUUAGCACAAGUUUCGAUGAUGUGGAAAGCAUAAAGCCUCCUGUUUUUCUCUCAAAGAGUACAGUUAGUACUCAAGCAACAUCUUCAGAUGACAAACCAGUUAAAAGCAGCUCUACUCCUAAGUUACCAAUAUGGCCUCCACAGCAAAGCACAAAUGUCUCAACUCCACUACCAGUGGCACCAAAACCUCGGGCCUUUAGCGCAAGUUCAGGAGUUGUGGAAAACAGAAAGGUGACUGAACCACCAGUUAAGGCAGACUUUAAAAAUCAGAUCCAGCAAAUUCUACUCCGACAACUCUCUUCUCCACUGCCAACACCAAAAGAGGAGCUUGAUGAUGAAAAUGAAACUCUAGAUGUCAAAUCUAUGUCAGAGCUCUUCAACGACAGGCCAUCCUGGAAUUAUCUCAGCAAAGACCUUGAAUAUCUAGGGUCUUCAGAGACAGAGAUCAUCAAAGUUAAAGCCAAACAUCUGUAUGAAGUGAUGCAGAUUUACAUCUACCGGAUGAAUGAAAAUGGAGAAAACCUCAAACAACUGAUUGAUGAGCUGUUUUGCACUGCUGACAGCUUAGACAAGGUCUCAAAGGGGACAAAGAUUGCUGGCAUCACAGGAGGAGCUACAACAGUAGCAGGGGGAGUUGCAGCAGCUGCUGGGGUGAUUCUGUCUCCAUUCACGAUGGGAGCCUCACUGGCUCUCACUGCUGUUGGAGUGGGCGUGGCUACAGCUGGCGGCGUCACUGGUGCAUCAGCAGCCAUCGCCAACAAGGUGAAAACUGCACAUGACCAGAAGAAAAUCAAUACAAUUUUAGAUGACUUCAGCAGCCUUUAUGAAAACAUUAUGACCUGCUUGAGCUUCUUCAACGAGGGCAUGGAGCAACUGAAGCUGCAUGGUCUGUCUGUUUUGAAAAAAAGCCAGAUGGGCUCAAAGAAGGUAGCAAAGGUGGUGGAGCUGGCCAUGGGAGAGGCAAGUGGAUUGACCUCAGAGACCAGCACCAAGGUCUCUGGAAUGAUAUCAGGCUUUGCGCUUGGCAUGGAUAUCUACUUCACCAAGGGGAAAAAUGGGCAUAAGGUGAAGAAAGGUCUGGAGUCAAAGCUGGCACAGAAAAUCCGCACUCUGUCUGAGGAUCUUGAUAAAGGAUUAAAAGAGCUAGUGAAAAUCAAAGAGUUGUUCAGCAGGCCUUGAAGAGGUGCAACUGGUUUGUGCUUCAGAAACUUCUUAUCUUAUUUAGUACUUUUAGUUUCACCACAGGUUAUGGUUUGAGAUGAUUUAUUCUGUAUUAACAAGUGUGAGAACAAAUCAAAGCUUUAAAUGUUUAUUCUGAAUAGAUUACUAUUAAUACUAUAAAUCAUUCAUUUAACUUACCACCCCUUCUGGUAUUUGAUUUUCUUUAUUGGACUACUACUUAGUCU